AUGCGCAAAGUGUUAACACGGCUGUGGGGCAUAAACUUCCAAUUUGUUCUGACGCAAUAUGCUAACAAAGUUCGUUUCCGUUCCAAUUCAGUAUGCGGAAACAUUUAUAAAACUUCGUUUUCGCUGAUCAGUGAAUUGAACAGCCAAGUCAAUGACUUAAGAGGAAAAUUCGUUAAACCAACUUUGAAGAAAGUCUCCAAAUACGAAAACAAAUUCGCCAAACUCCAAAAGAAAGCGGCGGAAUUCAACUUCAGAAACCAACUGAAAGUAGUAAAGAAAAAAGAGUUCACCCUGGAAGAAGAAGACAAAGAGAAAAAAACCAGAUUGGUCCAAAAAGGGAGACGAAAAGAAGGUAAAAGAAGAAGUCGAAUACGAAGCAUAAUACCUCGCGCAAAGUUAUCAUUUGUAAUUUGUAUUCCCACAAUGGAUUGCAUAUUUUUACCCAGUUUUAUUUAUUUUCAUUUAUUCUAUGUUCAUUCAACACCAGCAUGUAAUCGUUAUGGCGAGGGAGAAGAAGGCGACGGUACCGAAGAUGAUAAGACCGACGACGGAUUGACCACCGAAGGCGAGUCGGUCGCGGACGAUUUGACGGACGCGACGGAACAGCACAGUGACAACGAGUUGAUCGAACCGGAACCGGUAGUCGAACCCGAACCGGAACCCCAACCGCCGUCCCCGGCACCAGAAGAACUUUGGGCUUACCUCAAGGACACGGUAUGCUCCAACAACCCACUUAGCGUGGACGACCUGGUCGACAAACUUAUGACUGCCGUCACAGCGAUACCGCAGCCACUGCUAAACUCGGUGGUCAAAGACACCAUAAAAAAACAGAAAUCUAUAGACGAAGGAAUCGAAGGCGGCCCACCGGCUGAAGGCGAUUCCACAGCGCCUACUGAUCCGGCCACGGACGCGGCGCCGGCCGUGGAUGCACCGGCCACGGACGCACCCGCUGUUGAUGCACCGGCCGUCGAUCCGGCAGCACCAGCCGCUGAUCCUGCUGCACCUGGCGCAGAAGUACCAGCCGUUGAUCCUGCUGCACCGGCCGCAGAUGCACCUGUCGCCGAGGCAUUACCGGCAGCAGACAUAACCACUGCUGCACCACUAGCCAAUGACGAACAACCAGCAGUGGCCACCGCCGGGGAGGCCGUACCGGCGGAAGCAACUCCGUCAGCGGAUGCCACGACACCGGAAGUAGCAGUACCACCAGCAGAAAGCGAACCAGAACCGGCAACAGAUUGAUGAUGAAAAUGCCAAAAUCAAACUCAUCCGAUCGUGCAACCUGAAUAUUUUAUACUACACAUCGUCAAAUGCAAUCAGCGUUAUUUAUUUACUAUUGUAUUCUUUGAAUUUUUUAAAAUCACCCACAUUGGAUAUUUUUAAUAUUUAUAUAUACAUAUAAAAAUUAUUUUCCGAACCAACAAAAUGACACUUCGUGUGGAUUUUGAAUGAAAUGAAACUUGUUAUUAAUUUGUAAUUUAUUUAUUACAGGUAAAUUAUAUAAUUAAUAACAGACA